CACCUACCUUUAGUAAACGAUUUUCAAUCUCUAUCUUGGAGAAAGGAAAAAAAGGUUCAAUUUUUUAAUGCCACACCAACAACCACACUGCGGUAGAUGACAUAACCUGCAUUUCCAUUUCUGUUCACAACUUUAUCUUUUGAUCCGGAUAUUUAUUGCCAGGAUCCAAAAUUCAUAACGAAUUUGAAGACGCCCAGAAAUGUUCCUGAAAUCAAUUGUCUGAUAUACAAAGUCGAAAGUCUUUUUGGUGUUAUCUCAUCUCUUUAUGGAGUCCAAGACUGAAAGGUUAGACGCUCCGCUGCAUGCGAUUGGCUUCGAAAUUGAAGAAUUGUCCCCCCAUAAGGUCACUGGUCGCCUCCUUGUCACCCACAAGUGCGUUCAGCCAUUCAAGGUGUUGCACGGCGGAGUAUCGGCUCUGAUAUCGGAGGCUUUGGCCAGCAUGGGGGCCCACAUGGCAUCCGGAUUUCGAAGGGUAGCUGGGAUUCACCUUAGCAUCAGUCACCUGAAGCGCGCUGAGCUUGGCGACCUUAUCCUCGCCGAAGCUGCUCCUCUCAAUCUUGGCAAAACCAUUCAGGUAUGGGAGGUGCAACUCUGGAAGGUUGAUCCUUCAAACACUGAGAGCAAAUCUUUAGUUUCAUCAUCCAGAGUCACUCUUCUAUGCAAUAUGCCUGUUCCCGAGAAUGCAAAAGGGGCUGCAGACAACCUCAAGAAGUAUGCAAAACUAUGAAACUCUUCUACUGUACUACUACUCUUCGCCAAUGUAAUUAAUCAAACUAAACAAUAUUGUGCAGAUGAUACAUUCCCUAUUUAUGCCCACGGUCCACACAAAAAAAUCUCACCCUUGUCUUGCAAGUGAAUCAUUACAUACCUGGUGUUUGUCUUCCGACGCUUGGAUAAAUUUAAAUUAUAACUUUCAGAUAGAGUA